GUCUUCCUGGCGGUGGCUCUAAGCACUGUACAAGCAAUGCCGGUGAAAGUACUCCUCGGGUGCGUCAAGGAUAACCUCUUGGCACCGGUGUUUCCCAAUGUUGCCGCUGGGUUCGACCUGACCAACAUGACCACGACGCCAACGGCGUGCGCCAAGUCCUGCCUGGAACACGGCUACACCUAUGCCGCCAUGUCGGAAGGAAUCCAUUGUUUCUGCUCUGUGGACGUCGUCGGGUACGGUACUCUGGCUGCCGCGGCCGGUUGUGAAUUGGUGUGCGCUGGGGAACCCUGUGGGUCCGCCUUGGACGUGGGUCAGUUGUCCGUCUAUGACACAGGGGGCGGUAGCCCCAAUUUCACCCUCGUGGGAGCUACGGACGACGCCGCUAUCAUGGAUCUCACACCGACACCGCUUGCAACAGGGACCACAUUCCUCGUCGAUUAUGGCUACGGUUCGCCUCUCUCGUACUUCAACAGCACAGCCGCCAUGUUAGCAGUUCCCGUGUACCUCAUACCUGGCCUUUACACCGCAACAGUUAUUGGGGUAAUAGAAGGCACUACUUUAUCCUACGUGCAAAGUGUGAAUUUCACUAAGACUGUGGGAGGCGGAACCUCGUUAGUAGAUGCUAUAAGCUGUCCCAUCGUUUUCGAACCAGAUUUUACGUACUACUGUAAUGUUACAGCAACGCCAGGGACAGACACGACUGUAUUCACAGCCACAUUCAGUGAUACUGGUGCAGCAGUCUCAAUUCAGAGUACCAUCGACUUCUACCAGCUAGGGAACACGGUACCUCGCGCCCUAACCAGGGACGUGUUGCCCCCCAGCAGCGCGACUGACGUCAUCAUGCUCGUCGACCAUCCCAUCACAGUUAAAGGUCUGCUCCUCGCCUUUGAUUUGUAUGGCUACCAAGCAGGAGCUUUCACGGUGUCGAUGAAGAGGCCUACCUGCGCCAGUGGCCUGUACUGCGUGCACGAGAGAGGCUGCAUGGCUGUCUGCCCUCACGACCUCGUCACCAACAUGCAUACGUGCCCCGCCCCCAAGUUCUUCUGCCCUGACCGUCGAACCUGCACUGAUACUGGAGUCUGUCAGGCUCCCGAAGCGGCUCCUGCGAGCUGGGUCGACGUGGCUGGCACAGUCAUUGCCAACUCCUUCGCUUCCCAGGGAUUCAUGAGGCAACUCCUUCUAGCCCCUGUCGAAGUCCUUCCCGGAGACGUCAUUCACGUGACUGGCCCUGUUGGGAGAUUGAACGUGCCCCGUGAGGGAGGAGACUUGGUCAACGGUGUCAAGACCACAGCCCAUCACUAUGCAUCGGCCAUCAUUAAGGAAAACGUCCCUGUUCAGGUGGCACACAUUUGCACCACUGUCAAUUUGGACGUCAUCUUGGACGUCGUGGACGCUGCCGAUGCGACGGUGGCUCUGAACAACCACACGUCGUGCGAGCGAAUCAUAACAGACAUCGACAUGAAGAUCAAUCAGGUUCCCACUGACGCUUUCAAUGCCUCCUUGAACGUGGAGGCACCUUACUAUAUCAGGACCGUCACAGCAGCUAUCUUCACUGCCAUUUUCACGGUGGCAGGACCCACGACCUUCACCUACAUAUACACGCCUUCGAUUGGGGUCAACCACACAUUCGUGGACAUCACCGACUACCCUUACACCGGCAUACCAUACGAGGUACCUCACUCGGUCAACAUUCCGCUAGAGGGCAUCUACAUAGUCACCAUCUACGCCGAAAACCAGCACAAUCUUAUCCCGGGUCCUAAGUUCAACUCGACGAUCUUCUACGCCCAACACGAAGUCACCACCACUUGGACUGUGGCACCGGAUUCGACGGUCACCGACUCCGUCAAUUUGGCUUUUUUGGUGCCUGCACAAGCCCCCAAAUUCAAGUUCAUCGACACAGCCUUCGUCAAUUUCCCGACGAACGCGACGGCCAGAUGUGACUGGGGAGACGGAUCCCCGGUGGAGGAACUGCCUUUUUUGAACCCGGGCGACAAUAUGCCUAUUCUCGAACACCCGUACACCGUCGGAGGAGUGUACACCAUGACGGCCUACAUCUACAACAAGGUUUCGGGGUACACUGUACAAUGUACGGUUCUGAUCGUAGAGCAAAUCUUCGACUUCGCCAUCAGCAACCAGUACUUCCCGAGCGACUUCUCUGUGGUGCCCAGGGAAGGCUUCGGCUCCUUGAGGAAUCAGUUCCCGAUGGACAGAAACCUGACUUUUUACCCUUCCAUGUCACACGGAACCGUGGAUUCCUACGAGGUUGAAUUUACCGUCAAUGGUUCCCAGAUCCUCACCUACACGGUAAUCGACCGUUUCAAACCGAUUGAUAAUCCUUUCUACCAUCAUUUUAACGUAGAGGCGCUGUUGAAUCUCACCGUGUACGCCGUCAACAUCUUCGAGAGAGUUCCUGUUGAUAUCUUUGUGGAGAUACUUGAGCAGGUGAAGAUAGCACAGAUCGAUGACUUCUCAAUAGUGACCGGAAAGGACGAACUGAAGACGUUCGGCAUCUCCUUCGAAACUCUGGGCGGAGGGGCGUGUCUCGUUGUUGAUUGGGGGGACUCGAAUCCACUCCUGCUGGACUCCUUCGGGGACGAGUACAACUGCAAGUUGAACUUCUCCUACGCCACUUACUAUCCCGGAGUCACGCUGCAGUUGGAAAACACCUUCACUCAUACUUACACGGCAAAUGGAGUUUACAACAUCUCAAUCAUGGCCUACAACCCAGUCAGCACCACGACAGAUAUGCUGCUGUUCAUCGUGAGCGACCUCAAGUGCCGCCCCCCCAAAAUCGAGAUCUUCGACGGCACCUUGGACUACCUGGCCGCGCCCCGACUCUACAAAGGGGAAGACAAUUCCAUAGUGGCCGUCUCUACCAUAGACUGUGAGGUCACGAGCAAAACCAAGAAACGCUGGCAGAUAUUCGCCGUGGACGACCUCUGGGGCUUCAUCGUGGAACCUAUAGCGACCAUGGACGUCGUUCCGACCUGGAAUAUGUCUGAAGUGGUCAUUCCAGCCAAUUACCUCAAGUACGGACGAUACAUGCUCACCUAUACACUCACCAUGUGGGACCCGCCCGUCCUGGACCCGAACUGGCCCUUCCAAAAGCAGAUGGACACCUACAUCGAGAUCAUUCCCACGCCCCUGAAGCCCUCCAUGUUCGGGGGCGUGCUGAGGAUUACAAGGGGCCCCAUCCAGGAGGUGCUCUUCGACCCCACCACGAACUCCAUCGACCCCGAUAACCCGGACGAGAAGGGCUUUACUGUCAGCUGGAAAUGCAGAGAGCUGACUGAAGCUUGGCCUGCGGUGGACACAAAGCCCAAUCCCAUAUGGCCGAAAGGAACGUCGGGUACCGGGUGCUUUGGAUAUGGGCCAGGGUUGCUGGAUCACACCGAUGGGUCCCUAACUGUCUUGGGUGGGGACUUCAUAGGUGUGGACAAGAUCUAUGAAAUAAUAGCCACUAUCAAGAAAGACACGAGAACUGCGUCGGCUACGGGACAAGUUCACGUUGUGUCCUACAACCCUCCCAUUUUGGAAGUCAGGUGUUUAGCAGAGGCCCUGUGUAAGCCAGAUGGCGACGGAGUUUACGUCAACCCUUCCCUUAAAAUGGGAGUCCUAGCAGAAUGCAUUGAUUUUUGUGUUGAGCCGUACAACUAUUUAUGGACUGUCAUGCACCAGGAUGAAAGUCAGAUUGUGCCAGCGGCAGGGCAGGAGAUAGUAGGACAUACACUAUCUGAGUAUGCUCUGACCCCAUCAUUCUUCGAUCUGUAUGAAAAUGAACCCGUGAUCAAAAUUGGUGUUGAAGCCAGUGAUCAAACGGGUAUUACAGGUGGCGCCAUGUACUUCAUGAAGAUUAACAAGCGCCCGAUAGGUGGCACUUGCACUGUGACCGUACCGCCGACCAAACUCGCUCUCGUGGACAUGUACAAGGUCACGUGUGCCCAGUGGGUUGACCCUGAGAAGAAGGGCAUCACUCUCUACUCCAUAUUUGCUGUUGAGGCAACAGGCAAAAAGACGCCCCUGACAGACAUGAAGCACAGCAGCACUAUGCCCAACACAAUCGACAUCAUCCUGUUCCCCGGAGUGUUCGACAUCAUCGUCGAGAUUCACGACAAGUGGGAAGCUUUCACAGUAUAUAAGGCUGCGACUGGAGUAGAGGCCUUGAUGCCAACCGAAGAACAAGUGAAAGCAGCGAACAUCGGCGAUCUUAUCGCGUCUCUGUCCGGAGCGGGAAACACCGGGCUUCUGACAAUGGUUAUCGCUGCCCAGACGGCUGUUAAUUUACAGGCCCCGUGGCUUUCCCUGAAGCCAGAGGACAUAGCGAACUUGACUCAAGCGGAGAUAGACGCUCGCAUCGUAGCCUUAGCCGCCAUCAACAAUGCAGCUCUGGACGCCCUGAAGGCAAACACUGUCUACAAUUCCCUCGGGGCGAUAUCCUGUGCGGCUUCAACUGUUGCCGGGAUUCUGAAGGCCUCCACAGACCACCUCGAGUCUCUGAAGACUAUUGACAUAGCAGCCAGGGAUAAAGUGGCAGGCAUCUCCGAGGACAUUCUGAACGGCCUGCUGAAAACCGAUCCCCCGUCGUCAGACCUUCUCGUGCCGCUCGUUGAAUACAUGGGCGUGAUUGCUGGUGGAAUGGCGGAUGGCCAAAACGAAAUUGGAUCAGACGAGUCUUGUCAGUUCAUCCCUCCCAGCGACUUCAUCAAUCGAAACUCACUGCCCUUCGACACCAGGAUCACCUCGCCUGAUAUGGUCAUACCCGAUAAACCAGAGGAUAUUUACAAAUGCAAUGUUCGAGAUGUUACCAGGCAGAGAGCACAGAGAAUCGUUCCACUGAUCGAGAAGGUCCUGGACCGGAUAUCCGAGUCUGUCCUGGAGAAGAUGGUAGCCGGGGAGAUGUACAACAUCAGCACCGCGACGGAUAUUCACGUCAUGAUGGGCAUAGUCCCGAAGUUAACAAUAAUCAACAUCGGCAAAAGUGGAAGCAGCUUCGUCUUCCCGGACAAUUUCUGCCCCCAGGUGAAGUGCAACACCGCCAUAGGAUACAACGCCAGGGAGUGGCCCUUCGUCACCCAUGCCUACCCAGAAUCCUCCGAUAGCCUGUCGCCAGGAACGAAGACCCUGGACCUGACUUUGUACAACCGCAAGAUCGAGCGUCUGGUCGUGGAGGAUUUGGCGCCAGACAGGGAAAUCAAAAUCAACAUCGCGCGCAAGGCUGCAAGGAGAGGAAACGGCACUUUACCUGAUUUUGAAUACAUUGACGCCAUCACUGAAUCAGCUGCUCAGGUGCUCCCGAUGGUAUAUACCACUUUCAAUAUUACCAGGGCCGACUCAUCAGCGAACUUAGAGAUCAUCCCAGACACGGAAAACCCUCGCUUGUUUAUACUCGUGUCAAAACCUCGACUUCCGACAGUGACCAACCACGAGCUUUUCAUUCUCGUCAAGGACAUACCUUUGAAGAAUGGUACUAUCCACGACCUGUUCCUGUCGUCAUCCUUCCUAAACGGGACUGGGAGGUACUUCGUGGGCGUCGGCGAAUUCAAGGAGGACUUCGACCCCAAACUGAUGAACGACCCGGUGAAAAACAACGUCACUGGGUCGGUGGUUCAAGUGUUGACUACGAACUACAAACUGCGCAUCAUCACCGGCGGCUGUUACUUCCUCACCAAGUCGAAUUCGACCUGGAUGGGUGAUGGACUAUCGGUGCGUGUGUGCUAUAGUGACCGCAAGAUUGUCAACUGCAGCUCCAACCACCUGACGAGUUUCGCGUCGGGUAUGUUCAUCAUGCCCAACACCAUCGACUUCAACUACGUGUUCGCCAACAUGGGAUUCAACGACAACCUCACCAUAUACCUGACGAUCAUCAUCAGUCUGUCGAUCUUCCUCCUUCUCCUCGUUUACGCCCGUGUCAAGGACAAGAAGGAUGUGGAGAAGCUGGGCGCCACGCCCUUGCCCGACAACAGGGUGGAAGACAAGUACUUCUACGAGAUGCUGGUGUUUACAGGGAACACCAAGGGCGCCCAGACCGAUUCGCUGGUUCAGUUCACCGUAGCCGGCGAAUACGACGAGACUGACGUUAGGACUCUGGCCGACAGCAAACGGAAGAUCCUUAGGAAGGCUGGCGUGGACGUCUUUGUCAUGGCUGUUCCGAGGCCCCUGGGACCACUCCAGUACCUGCACAUUUGGCACGACAACAGUGGAAAGGGACCCAAUGCUUCUUGGUUCCUGAGCUAUGUCGUUUUCAGAGACGUGCAGAGCGGUGACAAGUUCGAGUUUAUCUGCCAUCAGUGGUUGGCUGUUGAGCAUGACGACGGACAGAUUGAACGUCUAUUGGAAGUGGCCAAUCAGGAACAGAGAAUGCAGUUCUCGCAUUUGUACAACACCACCAAGAACAAGAAGAUCGCUGACGGCCAUCUUUGGUUCUCCGUGUUCCUGAGACCGGCUCGCUCGCGGUUCACAAGAUGCCAACGCGUGGCCUCGUGUUUCGCCCUGCUAUUCCUCUCCAUGUUGGUGAAUGCCAUGUGGUACGAACGAGUUCCCGAAAAACCUGGCAGUGGGGGCCUGAAUUUGGGACCAUUCCACCUGAGUCCUGAGCAGAUUGGCGUGGGUAUAUUGAGCAACUUGAUCGUGUUUCCCCCCUCUUUCCUGAUCGUCUUCUUCUUCCGCAAAUCUCAGCCCAAGACUCUCCGCAAAUCGAGAAUUGAAAAGGCCUAUGAGAGAACUCGUGCCGAGAAGGGAGCUGAUGAUGAGGAGGAGGAGGAGGAGGACGAAAGGGAGGAAAAUGAAGACGAAAAUGGAGGAAAAGUCGCCAAGAAGAAGAAGGUGAUCGAGAAGAAAGCAAAGAACAAGAAAUUCGUACUGCCGUGGUGGACGAAGAUCUUCGCUUGGUUGCUGGUUGUUGCCUGCAUCGCCGUCUCCUGCUUCUUCCUCCUGAUGUACGGCAUCAUGUUCGGGAACACGAAGGCUACGAAGUGGAUAACCUCCCUCAUCAUUUCAUUCUUCUCCUCCGUUCUGUUCGUCCAGCCACUCAAGAUUUUCUUGACGUCACUCUUGGUGAGUGCCAUAUUCAAGUCCGUGGAUCUGGACGAAGAUGAUGCUGACGAAGACGAAGAGGAGCCGAAUCUGGAACAGGACGAAAUGUGGCUUCAUCCAGGUGAGAGAAUGGAGAAAACCUUCAAAGCGAAGAAAGUGGAUGAAGAGACUCUGCAGAAGCUGAGAGCCACGCGCAAGAAGGAGGUGGAGAUGUGGUCGAUCAUCAAAGAGAUCGUUGUUUACGCUGCCUUCAUCUGGUUACUUCUCAUCCUCUCUUAUGGAAACAGAGAUCCUAAUGCCUUCCUCCUGAAGAAGGCCUUGAAGAAUUCGUUUCUCCACGAGGUAAUGGAUGACGAGACGGACUUCAUGCUGGUGACGAACGCGGAUAGGCUAUGGGAAUAUUUAUACUCGGGCUUCAUGACAGACAUACGCGCUGGCUUACUUUACAAUGGAGACCCACCCUACAGUUUGCGAGGUUACUUCAACGACUGGUGCAACCGAGUCAUGGGAUAUGCCAUCAUCAGGCAAAUUCGGAUCAAGGAAAACUCGUGCAGGGUGUCGGAUUCUCUGCAGAAUAUAAACACAGCCUGCAGCAGCUACGCGUCCCUUGUCCACGAAGACUCCACCAGUUAUUGCAAGGGAUGGGUUCUCCCGACGAAUGCGACGAAGGACACGCCGGAUUGCAACAUACCCGAAUUCAAAUACGAGAGCGCAGCGAAGCUCGAGGCUAUGCCCAUCUGGGGGAAGAGGGACUGGUACGGUGGCGGAGGCUACGUCAUACACCUCAAGGAGUCGGCGGGCGACAUCAUGCAGAAAUUCAAGGAUCUCCAGAGCAGCUUCUGGAUCGACUCCAAGACUCGAGCGGUGCUGAUUGAAUUCUCGUCUUAUAAUUCGCAGGUCAAUUUGUUUGGGAUGUCACUCCUCAUGCUGGAGUUCGUACCUGGCGGCGGAAUCAACCCGUCCUAUCGGUUCGAGGGAAUAAGGCUCCUGCAGCACCACAACAACUUUGGACUGUUUGUCAUCGCCUGUGAGAUCGGCUUCGUCCUGUUUGUGCUGUACUUCACGUUCAAGGAAAUAAGGCUCCUCUACCAGCAGAAGAGACGCUACUUCGAUUCAUACUGGUCCUAUGCCGAACUCUCCAUCAUAGUAGCCUCCUACAUCGGCAUGUUGCUCUACGCAUUGAGGUACUUUGCAACAGAGAGAGCCUUGAAAAUCUUCCAGAAGACUGCUGGGAACGGCUACGUGAGGAUGCAAUAUGCUGCAACAUUGAACGAGGCCUACAGCUUGGUUGUCGCCUUCAUCGUGUUCACCGGGACCAUUAAGUUUGCGAAGCUCCUUCGAUUCAACAAGAGAAUUGGAGUCUUAUCAGCAACGCUUCACCAGUGCUGGGACGACCUGAGCGGUUUCCUGAUGGCCUUCGUACUCUGCUUCAUCAGUUUCGUCAUGAUGUUUUACAUGCUGCUCAACAUGUUCCUUGACGAAUUCUGCAACUUCGUCACAGCUGUUGAAACCUGCUUCAGUAUGAUGCUUGGAAAAUUCUCAUUCGACGAGAUGAAAGAGGCUUCGUCCGUCGUACCCAUCAUGUUCUUCGUCUUCGUCCUCUGCAAUUCGUGGGUCCUAAUCAACCUGCUUCUGACGCUCAUCAUCAGGUCUUUCCAACAGGUGAAGCACGACAUCAUGAAACAGCCCAACGAGUACGAGAUGGUGGCGUUCAUCUGGGGACGCUUCAGGACCUUCCUGGGGUACCAGACUCUGAUGCAACAACAACAGCAGACGGGUCCUCUGACCACGAUCGAGAAAGCCAAGACCGACGGCGGCGACGCCGACAAAGUGAACGAACUGCCUAAUAAAGUGGAUAAGUUCCUCGACUACAUGAACCAGGUCUACUUCUCUGGCUCACUGGACGUGAACAACAGAGACGCCCUCAAGUCCUCCUUCUACAGGAGCGAUAUGGGAAGGAAGGCCACCUCCGGGGGUCAGGGAAAUUACGACGCCGUUCCAAAUCGAGGGAGGUCCGGCUUCGGCGGCCCUGUCCGCGAGUCUCCCGACGACAGCCUCAGAAGCGGCCUUCGAAAGGGCACCGGGAAGCCGACCCCAGACGUGAAUAAGUGGCACGGGGCGCUAGAUGACCAGGGCGGCGGUGGUGGGAAGGUCGGCAAUGGGGGUGGUGGGAAAGGCGGCAAUGGGGCCGAUGGCGGGAAGGACGACGGUGGUCCCAAAUACGAAGGGCCGAGAGUGACCAACAAAUUCCAGGCUCAACUGGACGACAUAUAAAUUAGCAUCAUUGCUGCUUUGGAGUCCUUGUUUUUUGAAGUCCUAAUUCUUUGGAGUCUUUGUUUUUUGAAGUCCUAAUUCUCUGGAGUCUUUGUUUUUUGAAGUCCUUACUAGUUGAAGUGUUUGUUUUUUAAGUCCUAAUUCUUUGGAGUCUUUGUUUUUGAAGUCCUAAUUCUCUGGAGUCUUGGUUCUUUGAAACUCAACUCUUGCUUAGGCAUAAAGUGAUUUCAUCUCGACGGUUGUCAAUAAUGUUAUAUAACAUUUCAUUUUGUUAACUGCUAUGGAUUUUUAUGUUCCGAAGACGAAAGAUGAUACCAAAAUCUUGAUAACUGUUUCUGAAAUAUAAAUAAUAUUCAUCAACGUCCCGUAAGUAAGACAUUUUUAUGGUAAUGUUACAUUAUACAUCAAGAUUGCCAGAUCAAGUCAUUGUUGAUUCUGAAAGAUAUAUUUUUUUUUGAACAAAUAGCUUCAAGCAUUAGUAGUUUUGAUUUUAAAUGCAUAUAGUUUUAUGUAUGGAAUUUAUGAUAUGAGAAAAGACUGUGGUAGCAUCAGAAAUACAGAUAACACGGUGCUAAGGAUGAAUUAGAAAUGAUAAAAUGAAGGAUGCUAAGUCACUCCUAAUGAUAUUAAAAGGAAAAUCCUUGUUAGUACACCUGCGGUUCAUUUAAAACAGACUAAAUGUGCUAAGCUACGUGUAUAAAUUUGGGAAAAUGUAUUAAUCUAUAAAUAUAAAAAAUGUAUGAAUUUUAAAUAUAAAUUCUGGAAAAUGUAUUAAUCAAUAAAUAUAAAUUCAGGAAAAUGCAUUAAUCAAAAAUAUAAAUUUAGGAAAAUGUAUCAAUCCAUAAAUAUAAAUUUAGGAAAAUGUAUUAAACCUAUAGAUAUAACUUUAGGAAAAUGUAUUAAACCUGUUGAUAUAGAUUUUAAAAAUGUAUAAAUCUAUAAAUAUAAAUUUAGCCAAAUGUAU